CGUGUUGUUCAGCGAAUUUUGUAUUCAAUUUUUACUGCAUUUGAAAAUCAGUCAUGGUUAAAGUACAAAAACCGCUGCCAAAAUCUCUAAAGAAGAAAACGAAAGAUGACGGCGUUUCUAAGGAAAAACAAAAGGUUAACAAAACCAAACUUACAGCAAAGGCAAAACAAUCUGCCGCAAUUACAGUUGACGGCAAAAACAUGAAAACCAUUCUGGAGGGAACAAAAUCCAAAGCAAUUGAAGCCAAGCUCAAAGAAGUCAAGCUGCCGCAAAAGUCGAAGCCAGCCAAGAAGCCGUUGGUUUUGGCACCACCAGAAUCGCCGGUUGCUCCAGAAGUAGCCAAAAAGGCGGUGCCGGCGGCUGCCCCCAAAAUGACAAAAACACUUAAAAUUAAGAAGAACGAAAAGGAACCGAUAUUGAAAUCCGUGGAGAAGCCGAAGCCUAAAACACAAGCGGCAAUUAACAGGAAACCCGAAAAGCAAGAUAAUAAGUCUGCUGCAUCAACUACAAGGAGUUCUAAGAAGCAGCCACCGUUGGCAAAAGAACCAAAAGUAGCAAUAAAGAAACUCGGCGAAAAGAAAAAGGCUAAACUGACUAACAAAAAACUGUCAAAGGCUGUAAAAAAUAAAAAUGUGAAAGAAAUGGGUGCGAAAAAAACAAUUGCCGCGAAAAAGAAGGCACAGAAAGACGUGGAGCUAAACUAUGAGUUAAAUCCGUUUGACGAGGAUAAAUUUCAUGAAAUUGUCAGCGAAUCAAAUGUGCAGAAGGUGUGCUCUGCGCUGAUGAGCCAGGUGGCCGAGGAGGUGAAAAACCACAAAGCAAAGCCCAUUUUCAGCGACUACCGCUACAUGCUACAGGUGUGCUGCUAUAAGAUACCCAGCUGCCCGAAGCGAGUAGCAAAGCUGGCGCUGAAGCACUCGCUAGUCGGUGCCGAGGAUGACGUUGCCCUGAUUGUGACUGACCUGCAGCGCGGAGCGCGCUGUGACUAUGAGCCCACCGUGCAACACUAUGAGGAUUUGUUGCGGGAGCACGGCGUCAAGCAGCGUUUAACGGUAGUGCCGUUUAAUCGCUUACGCAACGAUAUGGGCACUUUUGAGGCUAAGCGCAAGUUCCUGAAUAGCUAUGACUACUUACUCUGCGACGGACGCAUAUCCGGCCAGGCUAGCGCUUUUCUCGGCAAGGCUACACAGAAGCCCCGUAAUGUGCUGCACGCGGUUCGCCUGAGCAAAGAAGACCAGUUGCCGAAGGAGAUUUCGCGCGCUCUCUGCCGGACUGCUUACAGACAGCUGCGGAAGGGUGAUCUAACGACCAUACCAGUGGGCAAUCAUGAGCACAGCGGCCAAGAGCUUACAGAGAACAUUCUGUUCGUCAUCCAGCAGCUGCAGCAACAGUACCCUGGCGGGUUGGCCAACAUACGCUCGAUGUAUUUAAAGAUUGAUAUUGUCGGAACAACGGCGCUGCCCUUAUACAUCAGCAUGUGUGCGCCGCCCGCGGACACGCCGUACGUAGUUGGUCCACGCGAGCAGCGGAUGCUUAAGUUGAAGAAACAGGCGAAUGAGGUGCUAACUAAGUUCGCAUUAACCAAGGACGUUGGCUUCGUCAAGUUAACUUCGGAUCAGGUGAAGCGCAAGGCAGAGCUUCGCGAGAAGCGAAAUGCUCUAAAAGCGGCGGAUUCAAAGGAAGUGGUUGACGAGAACAUUGCCGAGGAGACCGAUGUGCCGCCAAAAAAAGUACGCAAAACUUCGGCACUGAAAAAGGUCAAAGUAGCUAACGAAUCUGAUGACCAAAAUAAGAAAUAAGAAAGGAAGGAAGAACGAUGAGGAAAAUCAAGACAAUUAGCUGAAGAUUCAGUGCUUUUUAUUUGUCUUAAUUUUUUUUAUUUUUGAUAUACAAGCUACAUAAUGUACUGUUUACAUAAUUGGAUGCGUUUUAAGUAAUAAAGAAUUAGUUGAUGUAAGGAGGCUG